UGUUCUACUCUAGCUAAAGAAUUGCCGAAAAAUGUCUUCACUAGCGAUUCGAAGGCAUGGGAUACUCAUAACAAGGAUUUCUGGUCCUUGACUUCAAUUCUCGACCCAAGCUGUGUUUUCCUCCCUGAGACAAGCGAGCAUGUCUCCAAGGCAGUUCAAAUUCUGGCAGAGAAUGAUUGCAAAUUUUCCAUCAAGGGUGCAGGCCACAGUGCCAUUCCAGGAGCCGCUAACAUCCAUGACGGGGUUAUGAUUGCCAUGGCUUGGAUAAAUUCGACCGAUGUCCAGGAUGACUACAUCCGUGUUGGAGCGGGUGCUCACCUCGGUGAGGUGUACAAAGCCCUUGACCCUCAUCACAAGGCAGCUGUUGUCGGCAGGUUUUCGGAGGUUGGACUAGGAAUGGUUGUUGGCGCUGGCAUCUCAUUCUUCUCCAACAGCAAAGGCCUUGCUAUUGAUAACGUUGUCAACUUCGAGGUUGUCGUAGCCAGCGGUGAGGUCAUUAAUGCAAACGCUACAAGCAAUCCCGAUCUGUUCUGGGCCCUGAAAGGGGGCAAUAACAACUUUGGUGUCGUGACCCAAUAUAGCCUGGCUACUAUUGACACCGCAGGAAUGCUUCAUGGCGGCGUGAUUACCUACCCUGAAUCUUCCUUUGAUGAGGUGGCGGAUGUUAUCUAUGACUACCACACCCAUCAAGCGGUGGAUGAUGUUCGUACACAUUCACUGCCCCAGUAUGCAUACGAUGGCGCCACCAACGAAACUACAGCCGGCAUUCUGGUUGCAUAUAACGACGCAGUGGACGAGCUUCCAGAGAUCAUGCAGCCUUGGCUCAAGGUUAAUUAUACCACAAACACCCUCGGCAAGAAGACAUACAGUGAACUGGCAGAGGAGCUUAACGGGCGCUUUGCUGGGGAUGGAUUUGUCCAGGAACAACGUGUGUUCACAGUAUAUGCUGAUGCCCAGUUCUAUAAGGACGUUUGGUUCAAAUUCCGUCAAUGGUUCCAGGAUUAUCGCGAUAUUCCUGGUUUCCAAGGAUCCCACGGGAAUAUGCCAAUCACCCCCAGGCAAGCCGAAGAAGGUGUUAAAAAGGGAGGAAAUGCGCUUGGUUUACAGGAGGGCCCUCAGGAUAAAACCCUCGGAAUUAUAUACUUUGGCGUAACGUUCAAGGACCCCAAGUAUGCGGAUAAAGUCUUACCAGCGCACAAGAAGUUUGUCGAAUCGAUGAGAAAGUUGGCUGAAGAUCGUGGAGUGCUCCAUCCUUACAUUAUGCUCACAUUCUCCGGGUACGAUCAACCAGCCAUUGCAAGCUAUGGAGAGAAGAACGUGGCCAAACUGCAUGAAGUAUCUGCUAUGUACGACCCCAAGGGAGUUUUCCAGCGUCUUGUCCCUGGCGGCCAGAAGCUACCGGCUCGCAAGUGA